ACCGAGAAUCUGAGAGGAGCAGCCCACGCUGUUAACAGAUUGCACACACUACUGUGUAACACCGCACACACACGUCUUCCUCUCCCUCUCUGCCUACUCUGGUAGUGAUGAUGAUGAUGAUGAUGAGGGUGGUGGUGACGGCAUUGAGAUGUGUGAUGCAGGUGUGUGCAAUACAUCCCCGAUUGCAUCAUAUGUGAGAUGUACUUCUGUGAGUCAUCUCCCCGGCCACAUGUCACGGGCCGCCGGGCAUGAAUAAAAAUGUCAGGCAACACUUUGGUGAAAGCCUCUCGACGGAAAAAUCGAGCACAAACAGAAUAUCAGACUGAAGAAAGCAGCUUACGAAGGCAGGGUUCGCUGUGAAGCCUCCAUUUGUAUUCCACCUGCUUUAUAGUCACAGCGGUUAUGUACCAUAGGCUCGGCUUUGUUCCUUUUAAGUCUUUGAUGGUGAAAUGACUCCCUGCUGUUUGAGAUUCCUGCUGUGAACCUUCCUGCUAUUCCACAGGGGUCCGUCACAGCGAUGCCGACGCAUGCGGCAUUGUCACCGAUGCACACACAAAGUCAGCAGCGGAGAGCAUGCUGCCGUAAGCUUCCUAUAACACCAGGAAGAAGCAUCUGAUCUUAUCUGAUCCUGUCACUUGUCACACAUUUUAUCCUGCGUGUUGUGUGCACACUGGAGGCCAGAAGUCCCAUCUGAUAAACAUGCAGGACGUCUAUUUAUACUAUAUCAGAUGUUGUGAGCAGACUUUGUCUUCUAGUGGUAAUCCAUUAAGUACAAAUGACACAUACUUCCCAUUAGAGCUGAAAUAAAUUGUGAAUUAAUCCAUUAGUCUAAUGACAGGAAGCGAAUCCAACAGAUCAGUUGUUCAGUUAUUGUUUUGUUUGAUAUCCUUCUCUCUGUAUUUGCACUUUUGUAGAUGUGGGUGUGGAGGUCAUUUUGACUAUGAGACUCAGGUUUUUUCACAGGCCCAUGUUUAGGAUUAGCUCCAGCAGAUUUUGCAGUAUAAUAGGCUGUGGGUGGAAUCCUCCAGAAGCUCGGGGGUCUGCAGAGAAAACACAGAUUAGACUGUUUCAGCAUCCAGCACACACACACAUGCUGUAGUGAAGCCGUCACUGCUGCCAGAUGGGGUCUAAUGAGGAAUGGCUCAUUCCACACAGCAGCAGCGGGGCAGACACACAGCGUCUACCCCCGGGGCCCUACUGAGCAUGAGCAGCCAGACAGGAAGCAGGUGUAUGGUUUGUUAAGCACGGCCCGCGUCUCCAGUCAUCGCUCCGGUCCUGCUACACCUCAUUCAGCCCUCAGAAAAAAAGAGGCUGGGUGGAGGAGGCUGCAUUAACUGUGUGCUCUGAGCAGACACACCUCAGUGAUCUGCGUUUGUGUUGUUGUGUGAUGGAGAGAGAGUGAGGUACGAAAGGAGUGAAGCGCCCUCCCUCCUCCACUGAGCAGGUGGUGAGCAGAUUGUGCUGAAACCUCCGCCCUCUUCCCCCCUCCUCAGGCUGAGUCUGACGAGGGUCGCACACCGACACCACCCUCAAACCAAAACCAUCACAGCAGAGGCCUGUUGCUCCUGUAGAGCUGCAAAUAAGAUGCUCUCACACAUGGCAUCCCAAUAAACUACAGAGAGGAUGCGCUAUUUGGACAAAAGUAUGUGGACACUUCCAAUCUUCCCAAAAUAAAUUGUCGUACCAUUAUAUUUUAGAGCUUGAUGUCCAGACCUCAACCCCAUCAGACACCUUUGGGUUGAAUUGGAGCCAGGCCUCAUCGCCCAACAUCACUGGCCAACCUCAGUAAUGCUUAGCAGGGAGCAGAUCCCCACAGCAGGUUCUGCAAAACCUGUAGAAAGCCUCCGCAGAAGAGUGAAGGCUGUUUAGCGGCAUGUAGAGUUUUAAAAAUGAGAUGUUCAACAAGCCAAAACAGGUGUUAUUUCCAGGUUUUUGCAAUGUAAUGAAUGUAAGUGAAUGAGAGUGCAGAUAUGCUGCAGGAGUCUCAUUGCAGCCCUCAUGUGAUUUGCAAAUGUGCAUCAACUCCAGCUACGAUUAUGUUUUGGAGUGCUGCUUUGAUGAGACAUUAUUAAACCACAGUUCAGCCCCUGGGUCAUGUGGAUUAUGUGGAAUAAUGUAAACUCCCUGUGAAAAUGACUUCUGAACCCUGAAAUAACCUCGUCGCAAUGACAAAUGAUGCCACAAAGGUUGAAUGUCAGUUUGACGAUGUCAGUCACACUUUUAUUUACCCAAUUUUAAAUUACAACUACAUGCUGUGGUCCGUAUCCGUUCUCUCUCCCUCCUUCUCUCUCUGUUGACCUUAGUUCCCACGUCCAUGCUGCUAGUGUUCCUCCAUAUCUGCUGGAUGUCUAAAAAGCAGAUUGUUUGUAAAAAUGUUUGCCAUAUUAAUUUUUGAUGUCAGUGUUGUGAUAUCACCUUGUUCCACUGCCCCAUUGCCAACCAAAAUAUGCAGCUUUUAAGCUGACAUUCUUUAAGUCAAGAUGUAUUUAAGUUAUUAUGUCCACCCCUUGUCGCCUGUUUAGUAUGCUACCAUGGCUCUCAGCACGCCGCAGGUGAAAAGUACUGGAAAAGAUCAGCUUCCACGACAUGUCAUCUCAUCUCCGGGCCUUUGAGACGACGCUGACGACAGGGGAAACGUCAAGCCUGUCUCUACCGUGCAGGUAUCGCUGUCUCAAGCUGAGAGAACAGUCUUUGCCAGCACAAACAGAGGAGUGGAGGGGGAAAACUGCAUGUUUAACAAGGCUGCAGCCAGUGCAGUCAAGAAGAUAACAACAACUCCAAUGCUAUUAUUCUUUAUUUAUGGUGAUUGCUACUUGUCCUUCGAAGGGGGGGACACUUUUUAUCUCACAGUAGCUGACAUUUGAUGAAGUGCAGAGCUUUGGAAGUCAACGCAAGUCCACGUUUUAUUAACGGUUCUGCUCUUUGGCAGAACGGGGCCAUCUCUCUCUCAUUCCCCCAAGCAGGUCAUGGAUCUUGAUCCGAAUGAAUGUUUGACGAUGAGAGGGAGCGCUCUUCCGCGGCUGUCCACCAAAUGGUUUAUGUUGUUGAUGAGGCUUUGGGGCCGCCGGCAAUAAAUAACUGGUCUCUUAAAACAUGUUUGGAUGUAAAUAUGUCAACUGUCAUGGCUGUCUACAUGACAACAUAGAUUCAGCCUCUCAUUUCAGCAUGCCUGAGCACUUAGUUUAGGCAUCCAGGGAAGUAAUUUAGAGGAUGAUAAAAGUGAGUAGUGGAUGCCAAGGCACUUGGUUUAAAUCUUGGCAGGGAACUUUGUUGGGCACCGUCACCCAACAUCUCCCCAGGGUUUUUAGCUAUGUUAGUGGCACGGUUCCAUGAUGAGCAACGUCUAGUUAUGUGUCGACUGAAAUUUAUCGUACAUCCAUUGACGCGCCUGAGAGGAUGGAUCAUACUCACAAACUCACAAACCCCCGACUUUUCCUUUAUCACGACCAGUUAUUUGUUCAUUUAUUUAUUUGGCCUCAGCUGUACAUUGUGUCAAGUGCUAGUUAGCAUAAGCAAGCAUGCGAGACGGCAAACAUGGUAAAUUGUUGAACAUCUGUGUCUUGUUUCUUCAUAUGACUGUGUAGUUGGUGACACAGCACCAGCCUAAUGGGACUUUUACACAGUUCACAGCAGGGCUACAGCUGAAGCUGAUUUGAUCAAAGUGUUAUGAGAGACGGAUGAUAGGCAUCUGGAUUGAAUCAGGGUUUAUUGCAAGUUAUCGAUCCUCCGACUCACGGUUUAAUUGUUUUGUCUGCAUCACCUCGGGGAUGUUAGCCCCCUCUGUCUCACACACAAACAAACACACACACACACACACACACACACACACACACACGGACACCUCAGCAUUUUGGGGGGUUUUUUCCUGGUGCGCCGAGCUGAUUAGCUGACCUGAGUUGGCUUUUCCUUUUCACAAAUAGGGUUAUGUCUCGCCCUUUUUUCUGCUUCUCCGACUGAAACUCAGGUAUACCACGUCGCCCAGCGGCUCCUGCACUGACUUCAGCAUCUGUGUUUAUAAUAGCCUAACUGAGCACAGAGGAGAGAUUUCACUCAUGCUGCCAGAGGGAGGCACAACACUGCCUCCCAAGCCAAACAUCAGUUUGUAAUCUGCUGUGUUGGCUUGGCAAGCCCGGUUGAGGGAUGAGGAGGAGAGAAAUGAGCAGAGGGAGAGGAUUAGAAGGACUUCACAUUUGCGGAGUUCUGUAAGAUGGAGAGGAAAUGGACACCAUGGGAUCACUGCGAGCGUGUUUGAGUGUUUAUACAUGAGGGGCGUGACAGCAAGAGAAUAGCCGUGGAGUCAAACUGCUGAGUCAUGCUGUGACGUUUGUCCAAAUGUUGUGUGAAACCACACCACAGUCAGCCUGUAUCCCUCAGCAUCCUGCUCUGUUCUGGAGGUGGAGUGGAGGAGUUUCACUGUCAGCAUCAGCAGCCCCGGCAGCGUCGAAAGUGACCGGUCUGAUGCAGGAAGGAGAACCGCUCAAUGAGGCGAUAAAAGGUAUGGUCCAGCGCUGAUGGCGCACUCUGAGCUGUUUGUGACGAGAGCGCCCCCUGUGGAGGGGAGAGCUGUGGAGCUGGAUGUUCUGAGCUUCCUGGACCAGUUCGGGGAGGACAACAGCACCGCUGAGAGAUGCUACCGCUCGCACUCCCGCAGCAGCGUCCUCCAGGGGCUGCCGUUUGGAGGGGUGCCCACAGUCCUCGCCAUCAAUGGGGUGAUGUGGAUGUUCCUGUUGCUCAUCUUCUCCUGCCUGAGGAAGGCUGCGUGGGAUUACGGCCGCCUGGCUCUGCUGAUGGAGAACGACAGUCUGACAUCCCUGUUUUAUGGAGAACCAAGUGAGAAAGAGAAGUCUCCGUCAGAGUCCAGCCCCUCCGACUCGGAGACCAAGGACAUGGGCUUCUGCUCGUGGCUCUCAUCUCUUUACCAUAUGAAGGACGAAGAGAUACGCAGCAAAUGUGGCAUCGACGCCGUCACGUACCUGUCCUUCCAGCGCCACAUCAUCCUGCUCAUGACCGUGGUUUGCCUGCUGUCUUUGGCCGUAAUCCUGCCGGUCAACUUUUCCGGGAACCUCCUGGGAGACAGCCCCGAAAACUUUGGAAGAACAACACUGGCUAAUGUUAGCGCAAAGGACAGCUUUCUGUGGCUCCACAGCAUCUUUGCUCUGGUCUACUUCAUCAUCACACUGCUGUGCAUGGCUCACCACUCCAUACGGCUGGAGUAUAGAGAGGAUGAGAAGGUAGCCAGGACACUGAUGAUCACCGGUAUACCAAGAGAGAUCUCUGACCCAGGACUUAUCACUAAACACUUCCAUGAGGCCUACCCCAGCUGUACCGUCACUGAUAUUCGGUUCUGCUUUAAUGUGCACAAGCUGAUGAGGCUGGACUUAGAGAGGCGCAAAGCGAUGAAAGGCAGGCUGUAUUUUGCUACAAAGGCCCAAAAGGAGGGGAAGAUCCUGAUCAAGACCCACCCGUGCGCUCAGAUAUUCUGCUGCGACAUCUGUGGCUUUGAAAAGGUGGAUGCAGAACAGUACUACAGCGAGUUAGAGGAAAAGCGGACCGACGAGUUCAACGCAGAGAAGAACCGCAUCUCCAUGAAGAGGCUGGGCAUCGCCUUCGUGACUUUCCGUGAUGAGAGGAUGACUGCGGUAAUUGUGAAGGACUACAGUCGCGUGCACUGCCGUCGCAGACUGCAGCAGUCCAGCAUCACCACCGUGGUGCAGUCGCACAAAUGGGGGGUCAGCUACGCACCCGCUCCCAGUGACAUCAUCUGGGAGAACCUGUCAGUGUGCGGAUCUCGCUGGUGGCUCCGCUGCGUCCUCCUCAACAUCCUCCUCUUCCUGCUGCUCUUCUUCCUCACAACUCCCGCCAUCAUCGUCAACACCAUGGACAAGUUCAACGUCACAAGGCCCGUGGAGAGUCUGCGGAGCCCAGUCAUUACCCAGUUCUUCCCGACCCUCCUGCUGUGGGCGUUUUCCGUGCUCCUGCCCUUCAUCGUCUACUACUCAGCCUUCUUCGAGUCCCACUGGACCAGAUCCGGUGAGAAUCAAGUGACGAUGCACAAGUGUUUUUUGCUGCUGGUCUUCAUGGUCAUCCUCCUGCCUUCGCUUGGUCUGUCCAGUUUGGACCUAUUCUUCACGUGGCUCUUUGACGUCCACUUCCUGGAUGAAAAGGAUGUCAAAUUCCAGUGUGUUUUUCUCCCUGACAAUGGUGCGUUCUUCGUAAACUACGUGAUCACAUCCAGCCUGAUUGGCACAGCUAUGGAGCUGCUUCGCAUCCCGGCGCUGACGGUGUAUGCCCUCCGCCUCUGCUUCGCCAAGUCCCAGGCUGAGCGCAUCCAUGUCAAACGGAGUCAGGCCUAUGAGUUCCAGUUUGGCCUGGAGUACGCCUGGACCAUGUGUAUCUUUGCAGUCAGUAUGACCUACAGCAUCACAUGUCCCAUCAUCACACCCUUUGGUCUACUCUACGCGAUCCUCAAGCACAUGGUCGACCGAUACAACAUCUACUAUGCAUACGUUCCCACCAAACUCAACCAGCGCAUCCACAGGGCGGCCAUCAGCCAGGUCAUCGUGGCUCCCGUCCUCUGCAUGUUCUGGCUGCUCUUCUUCUCCAUGCUCAGAUUAGGUCCAACGCAUCCCAUCACCCUCUUCACGUCGGUGUCCCUGCUCUCCUCUAUUGCCUUCUCCCUCUUCCGCUUGUGCCUUAAGAAGCAGCCAGACAAGUCGACCAGCUACCAGAUGUCUGAUCAGCCAGCAGAGGGGACGUUCACUGAUGCAGACAGGAGUACUGUAACAUCCACCACUGCUUCCAGUCUGUUUGUGGCAUCCGUGCUGCUGGAGCCAGAGCUGGCUUUGACUCCGAUGCCCUCCCCAGCCCACCACGGCUAUGGCGCCAUGGUCAGCUCCCAGAGUUCGAGCCAUGGCCAGGUGGAGGAAGAGGAGUGUGAGGACCAAUCCCAGACCCAUGAGACUGAGCUCCAAGACCCACCGGACCCCUACUGCUCCAGCCCACUCAUGGACAGCCCUGUGGGCUACCAGUAACACCAAAUCCCCCAAGCUGAUUCCACGUGUCCUUCACCUGGGGAACACGGAUUGCUAAAUGCCGCAAUGCAGCAUUAUCGCCACUAACCUCAGACUGCAACUCAGCUGCCUCAGACCCCGAGAAUGGGCUUGUUAGAAAGGGCGAAGAGCCCGAAGAUGAAAGUAGUUUAAGAAUACAGGAGCAGUCUAUAAAUGUAUAAAUGUAUAGACAGCGGUUAAAACAUCUACUGAACCUGUCUCAUGGACACAAACAUCAAUCGUGACAGAAGAUACAUCCUCCCUAAAUGUACAGAUUAUCUUAAACUACUGGAUGCUCCGUGACAGGAAUUCCAUCUUCUUCUACAGCUUCAUUUGCAAGUUAAAAAGGUUAAAACUCAUGAAAGUGACUGGGGUGGAUUGCAAUCAGAGAUACUCUGUCCAUGCUGUGGCACUUGGACAUGAGUGGAGGUGAAAGUACCCAUCAGAGUGGGUGGUGUGAGCAGGCUCCCCCCGGCAGACUGACAGAGUGAUCUGGGCACGGGUGAUAUCUGGUUCCUCGGCGGCAGAGCUCGGGGAGGCUGAGGGUGAGGGCAGCUAGUUGUGAAGCCAUCUGCAGUGAGAGAGCAGACAGACGGAGGGUCGAAUGUAACUCAGAGAUGUACUGUAAUGUGUGUACGCUCUCUCCGAGGAGGCACAAGCAGCUCGACUGUACCUGAAGCUUGUUGUAACUAUUUUUGCUACAGUAUUUUUGGUGUCAUCGAUAUUGUGCUUUGGGUUGGGCUAGGUCUAGAUCGGUCAAGGAUUUAAAGAGCUGUCCCAUCUUAAUCAGAGUAUUCCCUUAAUAUGCUGUUUUUACUGUGUAUGUGAUCCAACUCAGUUUGAUUGAUAUUUUUUUAACCACUUUCUUCCAGAGAGUUAGAUGAGAAGAUCGAUUCCCGACUCAUGUCUGCCUGACAUUUCUUGGCUGGUCGCAGCAACUUCCUGGAGUCUUCUCGUCACCAGUGGAGACUCCAGGAAGUCACUGUGAUGGGCAGAGUUAACCUUGUUCUCUCAGUCGCCAGCUCUACAAGGUUUCGGUUGUGGGUUUUGGUGAGCGUUAUAUGAGCCGAUGCCACUUACGCGACUGUUGGGUGUGUAGCAUGUCUAAUUAUGCAUUUUCACUAUCUUAUACAUCAACAUUAUAUGUCAAACAGCAGCAACUUCAGUUAAAAUAUUACCUUUUAAAUUUAUAAACAUCAUUAUGUGUUGGCUCUGGCACAAUUCAGACGAAACAAAAUGCUAACUGGCUGCUGGCAACAGCUUCACUGUAUAUUUACAUUCACACCAAUGUGAACAGGAUAUCAAUCAUCUUGUGUAACUCUCCGCAAGAAAGUGGGUUUCCCCAAAAUAUAGAAGUGUUCCCAUAACUUCCACAAGCUAUGGGAAAAAUUAGAAGCACAUCCUGGAAUUACAGCAUUUUGAAAGGAUUUGCCAUGGAGUCUAUUUUAUGCCACUGUAACACAACAACAGAAUCUUGAGAAUAAUUUAUUCAUUUUGCUAAUUAUGUGAAAUACUCAAAGUAACUAAACUAAAUGUUACUACUAAAGCCAUUAUAUUAAGUUGUUUUAGUUGUAAACAUUCUAAAUAAUAAUGAUUUGUUACCCUAAUGGCUGAAAUGAACUUAUUUGUAUUUACUUGAUUAUUGUUAGUGAAAUAUUUCUGUGCUCCAAUUAAGUUUUAUGUCCCCAACGCUUCAAUUCGAGCACUUCUCUACUGUACCAUGAUUUCAGUUUAUUAACCUAUUCCUUGUGACACUCCACUGCAUGUUGACUACUGUAUGUUGUAUAAAUGAGGUAUGCAUUCAUAUCCUAAUCCUUAAAGUUUCCUGUGUGCUAAUCUCAUUGGUUUACAGUCUGUAUGUUUGCAGGUUUUGUAUAUUUUGGUGGAGGUUUUAUUUUGUCACGGUGGGAUGAGAGUUUGUUUAUUUUUUUCCCCAUGAAACUGAAUGUAAACCA